CAGAACAUCAUGGCGAUUGAUGGUGGCGAGCGGAACUGUGGAGUACAUGAGCUGGUCUGCGUCAGAAAAGUUUCUCCAGAGGUGCUGGGGUUUCUGACAGCCAUCGGGCUCUUCAUCAUCCUCAUGACCUUCCUCUUCUGGUACCUCAACAACAAGUUGGCACUUGAGAAUGCAGGGAGCCUCCAGUGCCUUGAUGACUUCAGGAAAAGCACCGAUCUUCAGGACAAGGCCUACUGCGACGCCGACCUGCAGGGCUCGUCAUCGGACAGCGAGGACGAGCUGAUGGGUCAGUAUCAGGAGGCGGUGAGCCGCUCGCAGGGCCUCCGGGGCGGAGCCAAGGCCACCUCCAACACCAAACUCCUGGGAGGCUUCAGCUGGGAGAGCCGGCAGAAGUACAGCCCUCUGACGGCCGAUUAUGAGGGAUACAGCAGCGAAGCCUCGGCCGAUGAUGCCAACUGCAUCCAGAGGAUGAGGCGAACGCCGCCGCUCGACGAGCUUCAGCCGCCGCCCUAUCAGGACGAGAAUGGCUCUCCCAGGAUGUCCUGCACCCUGUCCGACCUCGGCGACGCCAAGUGCGACCUGUCCCACACCAGCGGCAGCCCCCACCUCUCCUUCGGCAAGUGUCCCAGCGAGGGCAGCGACGGCCACGAGACCGAGAGUUACCUCAACAAGGGCUACGAGGAAGACGUGCCGAGCGACAGCACAGCUGUUCUCAGCCCAGAGGAUAUGUCUGCCCGGGGGUCGGCAGCACAGCUCCCCAAAGGUUAUGAACCAGACCCCAUAGCCAAAUACGGCACCCUGGACAUCGUGUUCGACUACGACUCGGAGGACCAGCAGCUGGCCGUGACCAUCAUGGCGGUGACGGACCUUCCCGCUGCCAAGCGCACGGGUAACAUCUCCUGGCAGGUCCACUUGGUGCUCAUGCCGACCAAGAAGCAGAGAGCCAAGACGGGCAUCCAGAGGGGCCCGUGCCCCAUUUUCACCGAGACCUUCCGCUUCAGCCACGUGGAGUCCGAGAUGAUCAGCAACUACGCCAUCCGGUUCCGCCUGUACAGCAUGAGGCGGAUGAAGAAGGAGAAGGUGCUCGGGGAAAAGGUGUUCUACCUCACCAAGCUCAACCUCCAGGGCAAAGUGUCCAUGCCGGUCAUAUUAGACCCGUGCUGCACGCUCCCGGGCGGUGAAUCCCAGGUCAGCCUCUCGGAUAUGACAUGCAGCGAGAGCGCCUCGUCGUUCCAGUCAGUCAGUCAGGCUUCCACGCCGGAGAUCCUGGUGGGCCUGGUGUACAACGCCACGACAGGACGCCUCUCAGUGGAAGUCAUCAAAGGCAUCCAUUUCAAAAACUUGGCUGCCAACAAGCCACCCACUGUCCAACCCUUGUUGUCAGACGGGCUGUUCUGUUGUCUAAAACACUUGAUAGGCGGACAGGUUUAUAUAAUCAGAGAUACGUACGUUAAGCUGACCUUGCUCAACUCCAUCGGUCACGAGAUGUCCAAGUGCAAGACGUCCAUCUGUCGCGGUCAGCCCAACCCCACCUACAAAGAGACGUUUGUCUUCCAGGUCGCUCUGUUCCAGCUGUCGGACGUCACGCUCAUCCUCUCCGUCUACAACAAGCGCAGCAUGAAGCGGAAGGAGAUGAUAGGCUGGAUUUCGCUCGGCCUUAACAGCUCCGGAGAGGAGGAGCUCACCCACUGGACUCAGAUGAAAGAGUCCAAAGGACAGCAGGUCUGCCGCUGGCACAGUUUGCUGGAGUCCUAACGGCGGCUGGGGGGUGAGCCGAGAGGGCGCGCGCAGGGGAGGGAAAGAAAGCUGCAAAGCUGCACACCGAGCUGUUUGUGGUCCCGGGCGGGCGGGAGACGGAUGUGUUCGGCGGGGAAAGACACAAGCGUGACGGUCGCCCGGCGAAGUGGAGAAUGUGAUGAUGAGGAGGACAGGACAGAGCCACAAGUGUCUGCACUCUGCAGCUCAGUGG